AUGCAUAAUAAAUUAUUACGUGGAGAAUAUAAAAAUCCAUUACAAUUCUGUGAUGAUGCAUGGCUUUAUAAUAAUAGAGCAUUGCGUGUCUAUAAAAUGUGUACAAAACUUGCAAAACUGUUUGAUGAAUCUAUUGAUCGUGUUGUACAAGAACUAGGUUAUUGUUGUGAUCGUCAAUUUGCAUAUUUACCAAAACUUAUGCUAUGUUAUGGAAAGCAACAAUGUUGGAAAAUCCCAUCUUAUGGUUGUUAUUAUUAUUAUUAUAGCAAUUCUGAGCCAUCACGAUUUAAUCUAACAAGUGGUAAAUAUACAUUUUGUGCUAAUUGUUUUCAUUCAAUUAAAAGUGAAUCAAUAUUGAUCGGUGAUGAUUCAACUCAAACAAUAGUUGAAAUACCAAAACAAAUAUUUCUAUUAGCUUAA